GUAGGGGUAGGGUGGCUGCCGAGGUUGCGGACGCGAGCUAAAGACGGGUAAGCGGCAAUAGCUUAGGUUUCGUGUGAAGAUCACUUGUUUUGGAACGAACUGAUGCUCCAUGUUCUGCAGUCAGCUAUUGAGUGUUCAGCUUCACAUCACCGACAGUAUAACAGGAACGUACCGAUGUGCAAGCGUGUGUGGAACGAACGUUCACGUGCGGUUACAAAGGAUGCACGCCCGUGUAACAAAGCGUCCAAGACUAUCCAGCAUUAUGAGCACACCUUCUACGCCAGAAUACAAGACACAAAGAAAACAUAACGUUUAUUAUUCACAUCAACUACAGUUUUACAACUUUGCGAGAGAGUGGCUCUUGGCGGAAUGCUUUGUACACAUCGUUCUUGUCGGUGACAGUGAAGGCAUAAUUGCUCAGAAGUGUCCUGAAGAAAUAUCUGCAAAUCAAGGUGCACAGUUCUUCCCUAAGCUCACAGUCAUGGCUAGGACACUGCAACAGCGGGCAGCAAGAUAGAGCAGGCACAGCAUAUUUGAGCAGUGUACCCAGUGGGCGAGGCAGGUUUGGCUUGCUCUUCAACGCAGCAUCAGCAAAUUUGUUCAGAAUGUCCACGGCACGGAGAAGGUCUUGUGAAGCGUUUCUCAUGUUCCUCAGCUUCCUGUUCCAUCUUGAUCUUUCAAGUGCAGUGAUGCCCCCCUUCCUGAGGUUGUCCACUUGGGUUGCUUAGUCCUGUCGUAGUGUUUGCUGUGGUGCUUUGCUCAUAUCCGCUGUUACUGCUUGUGUCAGCCUUUCUUCAGACCGAACCGUACAGUGUCCAUGCUGAGAGUCUGGUCGACUUUAAAUUCUUCCUCUGGCAACGCAACAUUCUGGGCUAGCUUAAUUCUUUUUGCUGAAUCGACGAUGCCGCGUGUGUCAUUGGCCAACUUUCGUUUCCUGAUAGAGCUAUCACCGCGGUUCGAAAUUUGUCGUGGCUGAAGAUGCGAUGGAUUGUCCGUGAACACCGAAGGUAGCGCUCCCUUUUUGAGCCUCCGUCUCAUAUCCUUCCACAAAAUCUGCAUUUGUGAAAUGCCGGCUGCACACUUUACUGUAGUUAGACGUCGCGUUCGGCACCCAGUUAUCACGCUUGAUGCGCUUCAGCCACUGCUCCCAUGUGUAAAUAUCCGCGGGAAUCUCGUGGAAAGACACCCUGGGCGGCUUCUUCUUGAAGUCCGAUCGACAGAGUGGAAUGCAACGAUACGCCAUUACCUAAAAGGAGAAGGAAUAAAGCUCUUUUAAACGGGUGCUCGAAGGACUAAGCGUGCAUUCAUUCUCGUAGCUAAACACCACGCCUAUAUAUACAUUUCGCUAAUGCACUAAAAGCGAGGAAUAAAGUCUUACCUCAGGCUUUUCAUUAAGGAAGGACCAGCUUCACACGUGUGCAAGAAGCAAGGCGUGAAACACGCUAGAACCAAUAAAGGAGGCGCUGAGUGAACUAUCGGCUAUCAGCUAGUGGAACAAACGCUUUCUUGAGGCGAGCUUGAGACUUCCGGUUCCUCGCAUAGCCUCGUCCUCAGGAGGGGGGUCCGAUAUGGGAAUUUUGCAAUUUCGAUCAUUUCGAUGCUCCACCAGCUCCACCGUUCCACCCCUUGUCCAUAGCUAUAUCGAUAGAGAAGGCAACUGCUAAACACGGCUACGGCACUUCUACUGCUUCUAUCAGAAUCGUCUGCGUGCAUGUCAAGACGUAGUUUGCAUCGAGCCAGUUGCGGAGAAACUCUCAAUCCAUGGACCUAGGAAUUGAUGUCUGGCCCUGGAGAACAUCAUCUGGGAUAUCACAACACAAUGCUUGGCUUGAAGCUAUGCUGGAGUACGUAUUCGUUAGGAAGCCAUCAGAUUCUCCAAACAGACUGUCAUUGAGCCUUGACAACUUGGAUGACUUCAUUGACUCAGAGCUCGAGAAGGCAGGAAGGGAGCAAGUAGUGCAGAGUGACUAUGGAAAACUUGGGCCUGACCAUGUUGUCUUUGAUGUAGGCACUAAUGUGGGGGCAUUUGUUCUUGACAAAGACAGGCUGAGUUUGGCCAGUGAAAGCAAGUUUAAUACAAUCAGAGGGACAUGUUGUGUGUUCAAAGGAAAGUGGCACUAUGAACUAAUGCUAGGAUCCAAAGGUGUUAUGCAAGUCGGCUGGGCCACAUACAACUGCAAGUUUUCACAAGAGAAAGGUGUUGGUGACACCAGAGACUCAUACUCAUACGAUGGAAAUCGCAUCCGGAAGUGGAAUGUGGCCACCUACAAAUACGGGCAGCCAUGGCUGGCUGGAGACGUCAUUGGUUGCUGCAUUGACUUGGAUCGAGGCGCAGUGGACUUUUACAGGAAUGGUUGCUGGCUUGGAGAGGCUUUUGGAGACGUUCGUGUGGGUCCUGGAUUAGCUUACUUCCCUGCAGUGAGCUUGGCUUACAGAGAGCAGCUGGUUGCUAACUUUGGGGCUACACCUCUGCGCUACCCAGUGGACGGCUAUUCACCCCUAGAGAGGCUACCACAGGGACAGCUAGAAAAAGCACACAUUUUGCUUGGAUGGACAAAAAGGAUCCUGCCUGUCUACGAAGAAGUCCUCAAGGGAGCCACACAAAUGACAUACGUAACAGAUGGCAUUGACGUGUUUCGUCAAGGCACAAAGACUCAGGCUCUUCUCUUGGCAGCUCCAGUCGUGAACCGUCUGGGACCUCUUAUGAUGUCUCGUUACUUGACGGAGGUGGCAUUGCUUCCUCUGCUGUUCCAACUGCUUGAAGAGACUGAAGACAAUUCAAACAGUCAUGUGUCCACUCUACUUGACCUCCUAUGGGCCAUCCUCGAGGUGGAGGAAAUGGAAGCCUGUCUCCAGAACAUUAUAUUUGCGCUACUUACUGGGUUCCGCUUCUCAGUUCCAACAGUUGACUUUUGUCACCGCAAGCGACAUCUGGUUUUAGUCCUGGACUUGUUCAAGCAUCACGCCACGAGGCGGUAUCUACUGCAAAAUGUGAUAUUCGAGAAGAUGAAAUUUCCUAUAUUCAUGGAAGCAAAAACCCUCGAUGAUGGGACAUUGACCACAUUAAUACCAGACGUAUGGUAUGAGCUCAUGGAAGAUGUACAUCCAGCUGAAGAAGUGUACAAGAAAGCACUUUAUGCUGCUUCAAAGGACAAACUGAAAGCUGCUGUGGCAUCACUUGAAAACCUACAGGUGGACGUCCUUGAGGCACUUGCCACAGAUGUGGAUGCAGACGAGUCGAGACUUUCCUUGAAGACCAGGUACCACUGCCACGAUGCGCAAGUUCAAACCAGCCGUGAGAUUUUCCUGGCCAAGUUGGACAACUUCCUUGCUGAGCAUUCCCCUGGAAGUAAGGCCCUGAGUGGAAACCUGUGCCCACCCAGCGUGUUGGUGUGCUUUUUUCACCGAUUGAUGUCCUUGUUACGACGGUGGCUUCCUGUCUACGAGGCUUCCAAUGGUGGGCACCUCCAGGAACACAGCCUGUAUGUUCAUUCAGACCACUACAUGCACAAAGCGUCUCCGUUGACCCGCAUCGGCGAGCUACCAGAUCUUAAACUACCGAUCCCUGAUGCAGCCUGUCCAUCUAACGUCCACUCAGGCACUACCAACAGCAAUGGCAAGGCAGAAGGCACCCCGGGAAAGCUUGGUAUGGCACACACCUACGUUUAUUCCCUUUUUGACGGCAUUGUGCGCCUGUAUCAUAUCGGCGUACACGCACAACUGGUUAAGUUGAGCUCUGUAAAGGAUACGAUGCGCGACUAUUUGGCAGCCCAACAGAGUUUACAGCGUGGGAACACCUGGGAGCAGCAACGCUACACUGACAUUGUGGAAGGUGACGUGUCACACACGGUAGCAAACACUGAGCUUGUGUUACGAACUGCACUAACAGACCAAGGGCGGCAUGUCGCUUGGCUCUCUGCUGUUGUCUACUCAAAGGAGAAGCAAGGCGACAUCUACUGGGUGCUGCAGGGUGUACUGCGAACACUGGAAGAGGCGUCACGCAAUGGCCAGUGCCUGCGCUACUUAUGGGACCACUAUGUGGAGGCCUGCAUCAAGCUGCUUACGGUUCUCAUCAAUCAUUUCCCACCAACCUGCACCCUCACGAACAUCCCGGGGCACUACAAUACUCUGGUACGUUACAGCACUUUCCUAGCCCAGCACUUCGCAGACCCGAGGGUGGUAAACACUGAUCUCAAAGACACACUCCUGCGUGCGCUGGCGGCUCACGUGUGUCCUCCGUCCACUGUGCGUGCGCUCGAGUGUAUGCCAACAGAGAGCUCUAUGGCCAUGAUCAAGGCUCUGCUGCAGCCUUACAAGAACCGCCCUUGGGCCCAGACUAAUUGGAUACUCAUGAGACUGUGGAAGGGCUGUGGAUUUGCGUUUCGUUAUACUGUGGCUCCUCACUUGCUGCAGAGGAUGUCGUCUCGACCUGUGGAGUCUGUUCUCCCCAACCAUCCAGCCCCAUGUCCGUCGGUAUUCUUCCAAAAUCACAUUGGGCAGUGGCUGGAAGAUAAUGCAGAGGGCGCAGCUGCUUUUCUGGGAAGCGUCCUUACACAGCUGAAUUGGGCAUUCUCACAGUUCAUUAGCAUGUUACAGGAGAUCCAGAAUGCGCACAGCCGUCCGGAGCGUGUGUUCAUAGACACACGUCAGCUGAAGAUCUGUGCCACCUGCUUUGACCUCUCACUGGGGCUACUACGGGUCAUUGAAAUGGUGGUCAACGUGGCACCAUCUGUGGUCACUAAUCCCACUCGGCCACAUUGGGAUCUCCUUCUGACACGCAUUUUUCAGCUACUCAGCCAGGUACUCAACCGAGUUACCUCUCGGAGCGGCUGCUUCGAAUUGGUCGUUAACAUGGAUGUCCCUGGUCUGGAGGGCCUUGACCACUUUCCUGUGUUGACGGCUGUCGCUGGUAUUCUGGUUGCUCUCCUCCUCAAGGGGUCACUCGAUAGCCGCGAAAUAGCACUGUCGGUCCUUCUCGCUGAACCAAGUUUCCAACUGUCUACACUGGAGUUCCUUUUGGGAGGUCCCACACAAGAUGAGACUGGUACAACCUGCGCUCGUUUCUCCUUGGCCAGCUACGGUGAGGUGAAAGAAGAGGAGGUGGAGCAAGUUCGUCAAUUGGUGGCGCUGGUGCAAAGCCGUCAGCCUCCACUGAUGGGUAGCCCCGAGAACAGCGAUCUUCUCUGUACCAUAUGUUACGCUCAUCAAAACUCAGUGCGCUUUGUGCCUUGCGGACACCAGUCUUGCAGGUAUUGUAUCAUCACUCAUCUGGUGAACAACCGGGAAUGCUUUUUCUGCAAAGCAGUCAUCGAGAAGGUGGACACAACUGAGAAGCAGAACAACACGUGAAGAUGUUUUGCAUGAAACCAACUUUGAGAAAUAUUAAACUUUUAUUAUAGAGCAGCA